AAGGGCUGGGCGAGAUAGCUGUGACGUCGUCACGCUGAGGUAGACUGGCCAGAGGCAGAACCUAUAUAAGCAACCAUGUCGUACAUACAUCAGCAACCGAUAUCCAUGAAUCAGAACUCCAGCAAUGUCAACACCGUGGUCGUCAACAGCCAACCCGCCCCCAUCGUCAAGCAGCCCCGGGAGUGGGGCACAGGCCUGUGUCAGUGUUUUGAUGACUGCGUCAUUUGUAUGUGUGGUACCUUCUGCCUCGUCUGUCUAUCCAUGAAGACGGCCAGUGAGAUGGACGAGUCCAUGUGCGUACCCUGCUGUGUACCCGGGGGUGGCGUCGCCAUGAGGGUCAAGAUCAGGACUCAGGAGAAUAUCUAUGGUUCCAUCUGCAACGACUGUUUGCUGGAAACGUUCUGUGGUCCCUGCUCCCAGUGCCAGCUAGCCAGAGAGGUCAAGCACAUCAGACAGGGUCGCAACACCAGGGCGAUCUAACCCCCCAGCCCGCCAUCUUGAUCAUCCAACCCUUCAACCCAGCCUAGCUGAACCAACCCUCCAGCCCUUCGCUUACAACCCUCUGACUGCUCUUUCACUAACUCACAACUCGAAGUAUGUUCUGUUCAUGUUACGCUACUUUCGUAAAAUUAUAUGAUU